AUGGCAAAUGAUCGUUUGAGGUAUCAGAUGUCGGCAUUGCCAGUGACCAUAUUCGCGCAUUUGCUAGUCGUAUCCAUUGCUACACUUGUGCUGUAUUGGCUUGUCAAGUUAAGGGAAGGCUUUGCUUUCAAAUCAACUUUGGCGAUCAAGAUUUUCAAUUUGCAUCCACUUCUUACCAUACUUGGAUUCAUUAUUUUUGCAGGGGAAGCAAUUAUCACAUACAAGGCUAUCCCUGUCAAAAGGAAAGCGCUUAAACUGAUUCACUUAAUACUGCAUUCGAUUGCACUUGCUACUGGAAUAUUGGGAGUUUAUGCAGUCUUCAAGUUUCACAAUGAACUCUCCUACCCACAUAUGUGCACCUUACAUUCCUGGAUUGGCUUGUCUACCAUUUGCUUAUUCGGCCUUCAGUUUCUAUUGGGAUUCGUCACAUUUUUGUUCCCUGGUGCUCAGCCAGCAGCACGGGCAAAAUUCGCUCCAUGGCAUGUUUUCUUUGGUGUAGUCAUAUUUUUCAUGGCAAUAGUGACUGCUGAAACAGGAUUAUCAGAGAAAUUCAUCUUUCAAAACUUGCAACAUGGUCAAGAAGCGCUCAUGGUCAACUUUAUAGGAAUACUGAUACUGCUUUUCGGAAUAUUUGUUGGUCUUACUUCUGUCCUUUCUAUAAGUAUAAAAUAG